CGAGCCAUCUUAAAUCCUCUUAAGUUUUUGGCUUCAAUUAUCUUGAUUUGACUCAUUUGAGGGAAUUAAAACUAUUGAUUUGAUUGCAAAGAGGGAAUGUAUUAUUUCUGUGAAGGCCUAACGCGCCCCUAACGUUAACUGUUGAAUUGAAUAGUUGAAUAACUCCAUGCCAUGGUUGAACGAAGCACAAACAGUUCCUAAGUUUCCCGCCAAAAUAAGACCGGAGAGGCUUCAGUCUGAUCUCUCCGUGGUCUGAUGGCUUGACAGAUGUUGCAACUAAUGUAGGGCCUACUUUUCAGUGGUCAAAAACAGUGUUGGCAGUAAACCUUUUCUACAUUUGCCUUAAUUCGACGAAAAUGGCAAGGCCUAACUGAAUUCUUUCUUUGCGUGCUGUUCGCUCCGGAUGCAUGUCUGCGCCGCCCCGGCCCCGGCGGCCUAUUCGAAAUGAUAGGCCCCAGGCUUGGCCCGGAGAUACCUACACUGAAGUGGAAGCUUGACGCAUCAUUUCUUCUCCUAGCCUACUUACCUUGCAACUGAUUGAGGGACUGCCAUGCUUGCCUCCAAAAUGGCUGCUGCUUUAACACAGUUGAUAGUCCGGGGUCAUUCAUCAUGCGUGAGAUUGUGCAUAUCCAGGCUGGGCAGUGCGGGAACCAGAUUGGAGCAAAGUUCUGGGAGGUGAUCUCUGAUGAGCAUGGCAUUGAUCCAACUGGUACCUACGUUGGAGACUCUGAAUUACAACUGGAGCGAAUUAGUGUCUACUACAAUAGAGCUACGGGUGGCAAAUAUGUACCCCGAGCCGUACUGGUCGACCUGGAGCCAGGCACCAUGGACUCUGUCCGCUCUGGUCCAUUUGGUCAGAUCUUUAGACCCGACAACUUUGUCUUUGGACAGAGUGGAGCUGGAAACAACUGGGCCAAGGGUCAUUACACCGAGGGGGCGGAGCUUGUAGACACUGUACUGGAUGUUGUGCGGAAGGAAGCAGAGAGCUGUGAUUGCCUGCAGGGUUUCCAACUGACGCAUUCCCUUGGUGGCGGCACUGGCUCAGGCAUGGGAACACUUCUCAUCAGCAAGAUCCGUGAGGAGUACCCAGACCGCAUCAUGAAUACCUUCAGUGUUGUCCCUUCCCCCAAGGUGUCAGACACCGUGGUGGAGCCAUACAAUGCGACACUGUCUGUCCACCAGCUUGUAGAAAAUACAGACGAGACCUACUGCAUCGACAAUGAAGCUCUUUAUGACAUCUGUUUCCGCACCCUGAAGUUGACCACCCCAACCUACGGCGAUCUCAACCACCUUGUGUCCGCUACCAUGAGUGGUGUUACCACCUGCCUGAGGUUCCCUGGUCAACUCAAUGCCGACCUUCGCAAGCUGGCUGUCAACAUGGUGCCUUUCCCUCGUCUCCACUUUUUCAUGCCUGGUUUUGCUCCCCUGACCAGCAGAGGCAGCCAGCAGUACCGUGCAUUAACAGUUUCCGAGCUGACCCAGCAGAUGUUCGAUGCCAAGAACAUGAUGGCUGCAUGUGACCCUCGUCAUGGCCGCUACCUGACUGUGGCUGCCGUCUUCCGGGGUAUCAUGUCCAUGAAGGAUGUCGAUGAGCAGAUGCUGAAUGUGCAGAACAAGAAUAGCAGCUACUUCGUGGAAUGGAUCCCCAACAACGUCAAGACCGCUGUCUGCGACAUCCCGCCACGAGGCCUCAAGAUGUCUGCCACCUUCAUCGGCAACAGCACAGCCAUCCAGGAGCUGUUCAAGCGCAUCUCUGAGCAGUUUACCGCUAUGUUCAGGCGCAAGGCUUUCCUGCAUUGGUACACCGGCGAGGGUAUGGAUGAGAUGGAGUUCACCGAGGCUGAGAGCAACAUGAACGACUUGGUGUCUGAGUACCAGCAGUAUCAAGAAGCAACAGCUGAUGAUGACGGCGAUUAUGACGAAGAGGAAGAAGAGGAGGAUGAA